AUGUUUGAGGCUUACCCAGUUUGCAUCGUAGUUAAAUUCGACAACGAGACGCCAAAUUACAGUUCCUCGGCAGCGCUGGGACAGCGGCCGCAAUAUGACGUAGCCGUCGUAAGAGCAGGAAGCGGGCAGGCCCUGAGAUGCGCUAUCAGGCUCGAUCGCGCUAGAUUUCAUCAACCACCUGUCUGGUACGAUAUCGCCCGAGAGAGCACCGGGUAUCUAACGAUACGCACCCAAGCAUGGAUCAACCCUAAUUUAAUUGCAGGAGCCGUUCCACAUACUAGAAUAUUGAGAAAGAUACGAGGUUAA